CAGAGGUCGUCUGGCCAGCUGGGAGCCCAGUGGGCGCGGCAGACUUCCAGCGGGGCAUGGACUCCAAGGCGACGUUCCAGCGGAGGCUCUGCGCGUGCUUGCUGCCCGUCUCCGAGCACGGCGACGGCUACGGCCUGGCAGGAUUCAGCGACCGUUUCGGGCCCGACGCCGCAGCCGGAGGCACACUCGGCAGCAUCACGCUGACGGUGGAGGUCACGCUGGCCCCCGAGGUCAGGUCCCUCGUCGGCCUCUGCGCCUCGUCGAUCACCGCGGGCGCCAGGGCCGUCGCCAAGGCCGGCGGCGACACCGACUUCAGGGAGGUCGCCCGCAAGGCCGAGGAGGGCAGCAGCCCGCCGUCCUUCCGGGAGGAGCUGACCAGCCUGCGCGGCUCGAUGUUGCGGCUGAGGCACUACUGCUCCAGGCCCUCCCGAGGGCUUGCGUGCUGGCUGCAGGGGGAGUCCAGGCGCUGCUACGCGGCGGCCGCGUCCUGGUUCUUGUUCUGCGUCUUCGGUUUCUUCCCGUGCUCCCUGUGGCUCUGCCCGGUCUACCUCUGGCUCGCGCUGCUGGGCAACGGCCUGCUAGCCGCGCAGCAGCGGAGCAGGGAUUGGUCGGCAGCACAAGGCAACAGUUUCGAGCUGUUCUGGCAGUCCGCCGAUCCCAUGGAGGCGGGCCAGCAGCGCCGCCGGCGUCCGGCUGGCGGCGCCGCGGAGAAGAAGGGCGUGGCCAGCACGAAGGAGC